UGGCUUCCCCAGGACCCCGCCUGGGCGGACUCGCUGUGGGAAGCGCACGGAGGGGCAGAGGAGGCUGAAUGCUCCGAGGUCAGACCCAGGAAGGGGGAAAAUGUGUGAGCUGGGUGUCCUGAAGACAGGCUGCUCCCCGAGAGGAGACUGCCCCAGAGUCCUGACUGGCUUCAUGGGGAGCAAUUCCACAGCAUCGCCCGGGGACUCCGUGACACCAUCCCUCCAUCCAUCCAUGUCUAUCUAUCUGUCCAUCCAUCUGUCCAUCCAUCCCCAUGUCCAGCUGUCCAUCCAUCCAUCCAUAUCUAUCUAUCCAUCCAUCCGACCAUCCGUCCAUCCAUAUCUACCUACCCAUCCAUCCAUCCCCAUGUCCAGCUAUCCAUCCAUAUCUAUCUACCCAUCCAUCCGUCCAUCCGUCCAUCCAUCCAUCCAUGUCUAUCUAUCUGUCCAUCCAUCCAUCUGUCCAUCCCCAUGUCCAGCUGUCCAUCUAUCCAUCCACUCAUCUACCCAUCCAACCACCUGUCCGUCCAUCCAUAUCUACCUACCUAUCUGUCCAUCCAUCCAUCUGUCCAUCCAACCCCACACACCUCUGUCCAUCCAUCCAUUUACCUAUCCACCCAUCCAUCUGUCCAUCCAACCCCAUGUACCUCUGUCCAUCCUUCCAUCCACCCAUCUAACCAUCUCUAUCUAUCCAUCCAUCCACCCACCCACCUCUCCCAUAUGGCCAUCCAUCCCCCAUGCACCUCUGUCCAUCCAUCCAUCUAUGCAUCCAUCCAUACCCAUCCAUCUGUCCAACCCCACACACCUCUGUCCAUCCGUAUAUCUACCCAUCCAUCCAUACUCAUCCAUCCAUCCAUCCAUCCACUUCUACCAUCUCUCCAACCAAAUCCACAUACCUCUGUCCAUCCAUCCAUCCCCCCCUCCUAUCUACCGAGCCAUCCCCAUGCACGCUCACCUAUCUAUCUAUCCAUCAAUCCGUCCAUCCAUACACACAGCCCUCUAUCCAUCCCUCCCUAUACACCUCUCUCUCUCUCGCUGGAUCCAUCCUCCCCCAUGGGUAUAGCACCCAGCUUCUCCUGGGCCCCCCCCCCAUCUUCACCCCAAGGGCUCAGUUCCAUGCUCACCACAGCCUGUCCCUACGGAUGCACACUGGUCUUUGAGCUAGGAGUGUCUGUAGCUGGGGACACUGGCUCCUUUUACGUGGCUACCCCUGCCCCUCUGGCUCGGAGGGAGAGGUACCAUGGCUAACGUGUCUUGGAUUCCAAUUGGUGUCAGGAGUGGGAUCCCAUCUGGUUGGUGUUAGUGGUGGGGUUGCCUUCUACUUGGCGCCCCCUCCUGGCUCCAUAGGGAACUGCAGACACGGAGGGCUCUCCAUGUGGCUGGGACUCCUCCUCCUGGAUAUGUGACCGAAAGGCCAAAAGUCCAAGAGCAGAGAAGGGGGAGAGAGGAGAAGAGAUGCCAGCAGCCAUGAACUAUGUUGUCCGACCCUGGGCCCUGAGGGACCUCAAGGACGUCAUGCAGCUGAUUCGGGAAGGGGCAAAGUUUCACAAGGCUUUGGAUCAGGUCAAAACUACCCCCGAAGAGCCAAGGAGAGAACCCAGGAGUCCUGGCUCCCAGCCCUGCCUGGAUCCAGCCAGUUUCUGUUUACUCUCUCUGCCUGCAGCGC